AUGGGUCUUUUCCUUAUCAUCAUAAUCACGAUCAUUACCUUCUACACCCUCUACAACCUCUUCACCAAAAAACACCAAUACUCCACUCUACCACCCGGUCCAUCACCCUCCCCCCUAUUCGGCAAUCUACUCACGUUGAAACAGCAAGAACGUUGGGAAACAAAAUUUAUAGAAUGGACUGAGAAAUAUGGCCCAGUCUACACAUACUGGCUCGGCCCAUUGCCAAUCGUAGCUAUAAAUGAAUAUAACUUGGCCCACAAAUACUUUGUUCAAAAUGGCGAUGUGUUUGAUGGUCGAAUGUAUCGACCAGAGUUGUGUAAGAUCGUUAGAGGUGGUCAGUAUGGAUUGAUUGAUACUCAUGGUGAGGUGUGGAGUCAGCAGAGAAGAUUCGCGAUUAGAACGUUGAGAGAUUUUGGGUUUGGCAAGAACAAAAUGGAGCAAAUGGUAGGUGAAGUUAGGGUAGGGUAGAGUAGGAGAAGGCGAGGUAAAGUAAGGUAGAGUAGUGUAUGGUAGGGCAAGUUAAGACAGAGUAGAAUAAGGCAUUUUAAUUAUAGGCAAAUUAAGUCAAUUUAAGGUAGGGUAUAAUUGAAUAGGAUAGAAUAAGACAUAGUAGGAUAUGGUAGGAUAAAGUAAAGCAGUCAAACAGGGUAGGGUAGGAUGGGCUAAUCCAAAUGGCAGUAUUAACCAUCUUCUUAGGGUUAAAAAACAAGGCUUGUAGGGAUUGCCCGACCUAACCAAGCCUUACGAUAGAGCCGGGGAAGCCUUGUGCUAAAGCUGAAGCAGGUCGAACCAAAGAUUUGAGUCUGGUUAGAGGGCUUAAAAAGUAACCUCAGGCCUUUUCUUUAAUUAAAAAAUUUUUUAAAUUUUUGAUGACGUUUUUUUGCUUUUGUUUCAGUAGCCCAAUCAAUAGAUGAUUUGAAAAAUUUGAAGCGAAAUUUAAUUUAAUUUUAUUUAAAUUUAAAAUUUUUUUUUAAAAUAGAACCCGAGCCAGACCGGGUCUAAAAUAUCUUUGACCAAGCCGCCGGUACGGCUUAAAGACAAUGAAAACAAGCUAGGCUUAACCGUUGGGCACAGGCUUACACCGGUGAAAAAAGUAAUCCUGACCCUGGACUGUUUCUCACCCCUAAAUCUUUCCUAUAAAAUGAUGAUAUUGUAUAUAAUAUAAACAAAACAUUUCUCUUUUUUUAGAUUCUAGCAGAAUUUGAAGCCAUGUGUACUAGGCUAAACGAGGCUUUAGAAAAGAGUGAUGCUCAAGCUGAACAUGACAUUGAGUCUUUUACAGAUUUAGCCGUUGGAUCUGUCAUUAAUUCAAUGCUUUGUGGCUUUCGAUUCACUGAAAAUGUAUGUUUUUUUAAAUCUCAAAUCGAAAAAUUUUUUUCGUUGUUCAAAAAAGAAUGAGCUACAAACCAAAAUCAUAAAAAAAUAAUAAAUCAAAACAUUAAAAAAAUUUUUAUUCAUCUCAAAAUUCUUCAGAACCGAGAGCAGCAAUUUGCCAGACUAAAAGCGAUUACAACCAAAGCCAUUCAAUUAGUCAUCAGUGAAGGCCCGGGGCUUGUGUUGAAUAAUCUCUGGCUGCUCAACGUUCCAAUAAUCGGCCGACCAGGCCGUGAAACAAUCGACACAUUCAAGCUGAUCUUUGACUAUAUUGAUCAAGUUAUUCGGGAUCACUUGGAUCGAAAUGAUUAUAGUCAAGAGUUCGAGCCGCAAAGCUUCAUCGACGCCUAUUUGUUGGAAAUAGAACGGCGGAAACGGAACGGUGAUGGCGACAACUUUUCGGUGAAACAAUUGAGAAAUGUUUGCUUUGAUUUGUGGAUUGCUGGACAGGUUGGUUAAUAUAAUUUUUAGUUUAUGGCUAGUGCUAAAAGUGUGCUAAAGUUAGAGAUCUGGGCUAUGGCUCUGGCCUAGAGCUCUGGGCUAAUGCUCGAGGCUACGACUCGAAGCAGAGGCUUGUGGCUAGGGCUUUGGCCUAGGGUCUUGGCUAGGUUUCUCGGCUAGGACUCUGGGUUCUGGCUCUAAUUUGGGGUUCUGGUCUAUGGCUCUGGGCUAGGGCUAGAAGCUAGAGCUAGAAGAUAAGGCUAAAGCUCUGCGCUAGAGCUCUGGUCUAUGGCUUUGGGCUAGAGUUAGAAGCUAGGGUUAAAAGCUAGGUCUAUAAGCAAAAGCCAAAAGCUAGGGCUAAAAGCUAUAGUUAAAGGCUAGGGCUCUGGUCUAUGACUUUGGGCUACGAUUAGAAGCUAAGGCUAGAAGCUAAAGUUUAGGCAAGAGAUCUGUGCUGGGACUUUGGGCUAGGGCUUUGGACUAGGGCUCUGGGUUAGGGUUCUGAGCUAGCGCUUUGGACUACGGCUCUGGGAUAAGGUUUUCGGCUGGGCUCUGGGCUAGGGCUCUGGGCUAGGACUCUGGGCUAGGGCUCUGGGCUAGGGCUCUGGGCUAGGGCUGACGCUAGGGCUUGCUCGACUAAUGAUGGGUUAAAAACUUUUUUCUUAGUGUUUUAAUAUACAGUAGCUUCUAUAAAUGUUAGAGUUACAAGUCACACCAUUUUUGUUGAAAAAGCAGGGUAAUUUAUCUUUACAUUGCAACUUUAUCUGUUAAACAUUUUGAUGAACCUAUUAAUCAAAUACACUCUCUACUACUGUUUACUAAACAGGGUACUAACUGCAGAGCAAUUUAUUCAUUUCUUGUAGUCUAUUUACGUCAUCGCUUUUAUACUUUACACUUGUAACAACUACAAUCAAAUGAAAGCACCCACCUAAUAGAUCACUAUGGCUUGCAGUCUUUGGCUUAGCUUUAGGCUAGUUUUUCGGCUAGCUCUAACCCUUCUCUUUAGAGUAGUCGUGAUCCUAGCCAUAUCUUAGCUCCGACUCUAGCUCUACUACAGCUCUAAUCUAGCUCGAAUUAGCCCUGUCCUAGCUUUACACUAAGUUAUGAUUAUAAUAGAUAUACUUUAGCCAUAUAUUAUGACUUUGGCCUUUCUAUAGCUCCACCUUAUCUCUAAUUCAGCCCUACUCUAGCUUUGCUCUCGCCCUAAUCCUUUCCCUACCCUAGUCUUACCUCCGUGUUGGCCCUUCUCUUAGAGUAGCCAUGAUUCUAGUCAUACCUUAGCCGAGAAUCUGGUUUUAUUAAGGCUGUAAACCAAGCUUUAUCUUAGCUAGAGAUGACGACCGUGCCAGCCCGGUUUAGUCCAAAUUUAGGACGGUCAAGCCGCAGCCCAGGCUUGACAAAAUUGAAAAUUGCAGCCCAGGCUUGACAAUUAAGCCCGGUCCGUUUGCACGUUAAAAAAUUCAGAUUUGGCCAACCUUGAUUAACUUCAGAUUGGGUUUGGCUUGAAAAUCGGGCCAGGCGUGUUCUUCUUCAUGUCUAAUUUUAGCUCACUCCUAGUCCUACUAUUGCCUUGCCCUACCUUUACUCUAGCUUCUUUCUUUUUCAAUUAUAGCCUUACUGUUGUGUUAUUUUGUUAUUUUUGCUUUACUUUUACAAUACUCUACCUUAACUUCUAAUAAACAAAACGAAUUAAAAUUCACUUAAUGCGUAGGUGUUUUGCUUGAAUGUUAUAGUAUGCAAACAAAUUAAUUAACGGUUAGCUUAACAACAGAAACGUGAUUUUUACUCUUUGAUGAAAUUAGCAAAAGUUUGUAGUUUAUGGUGUUACUGUAUAGCUAGCUGUCAAUCUGUAAAGUAUUGUGUGGACGUUGAUGAACACCCUCUUAAGUUGCAAUCAAUUAUGGAACAAAAGUUCAAGUUUGUUGCUUUAAACAAGAUGUAAUGUCACAUUUCUUCGAAGUAUCGUUUGUACUAUUGGUCUAAAAGUUUGUAGAACAAAAGUUCAUAGCCUUGGUCAAAAAGUUUAUAGAACUCAAAAACCAAUUUUUCAGGAAACCAGUAGCACGUCGAUGACAUGGGCCGUAGCCUACCUAAUCCGCUACCCUGAAGCCCAAAAACGAAUUCAAAAAGAGCUGGACUCUGUAAUCAAUGAAGAUCGAUUAGUUACCAUGGCUGACAGAGCUAAAUUACCGUACAUUCAAGCAGUCAUUAUGGAAAUUCAACGAUGUUCAAACGUAGCAGGACAGAAUAUUCCACACACAGUCACUGAAGAUACUUAUGUAGAAGGGUAUUUACUGCCAAAGGGCACGAUUACUGUACCUCAAAUUUCGGUCAUGAUGAUGGAUCCUAAAGUAAAGAUGAAGAAAAAGUUUUUUAUGGGGGGUAAUAAUAAGAUGGCCAAGUUAAGAUUAAGGUAGGAAAAGGGUAAGUUUGGGCUAGGGUAGAAAGUGCAGUAAUGCUAGCGUAAUAGAGGUUAGUGUAAGGUAAAGACCAUAAGAAGAGCUAUAGGUAAGGCUACGGUAGGGUAGGUAUUUGAAUAGGCCCAACGGCAGACGUCUAGGACUAGCGGUAUGAAAAGGGUUUGAGUAAAACUACAGUAAAGGCUAGGGUAAAUACAGUAAAGCUAGGGUAAUAAAGCUUUAUGUAGGGAAAACGCUAUAACGGAAUCUGAGGUAUGAACUCGUAUAGAACUAGGGUAAGGUAAAGGUAAAAAUAAAGUAGAGCUUAGAUAGGGUCAGGGACAAGGGUGAAGUAGCGGUAUGAUAAGCACUAACCUAUUGCUGCCUUCAGUGGAGAAUAGGAUAGAGGUCAGGGUAGAAAUAGGCUACAAUAAGAGCUGUAGUAGGAGCUUAGAUAUAGCUGGGUAAGAACUUAAGUAGAGGUAUAGUAGGGGUAAAAAAUUGUCAUGUUUACAGCUGGGACAGCGCUACGGUAGAACCUAGGGUAGAAGUUUGUGUAGGUUAAAAUAUAUUACAAGAGCUGAGGUAUGAACUCGUAUAGAACUAGAGUGAGUGUAAGGUUACGCUAAAGUAUGGUUUAGGUAAGCGCAAAAGUAGGGUUGAAGUAGCGGUAUGAUAGAGGCUACGGUAGAUAUAGGGUAUAGAACGGAGCUAUACUAGUGGCCGUAGUAGGGGCUUAGAUAGGUCUAGGGCUAAGGCUGUGUAGGGCUAGGGUGGGACUAGGGAAAGGCUGGAGCACUGCUAGGGUAAGAUAGGAUAAGGACCGGGGUAGAAAAUAAAGUCAAUCUUUUUUUAAGUUUUCGUGCUUUAAUGUUUAAACAUGAGUAAUAUAUUAAAUUAUUUUGUAUACUUCACCUAUAUUUAAAUAAUAUACCUUCCAGGUCUUUCCCGACCCUCACAAAUUCAAUCCAGACCGUUUUCUGGACGUUGAUGGUAAUUUCGUGCCAAAAGCCGAACAUAUCCCCUUUUCGUUGGGCAAACGACAAUGUGUUGGUGAGCCGUUGGGGCGGAUGGAGGUUUUCUUGUUUGUCGCCAACUUGUGCAAUCAAUACGAGUUUUCGGCCGGCGCAACGCCUCCAACGCUUAAGAAGAUUGGUGGAAACGCUACCGUAACCGAGCCCUUCAAAUGUGUCAUACGAAAAAGGAAGUGA